AUGGUAAUUUGUCAGCUUUGGGGGGCUAAAACAUUUCUUGUGCUUUUAUUCAUUUCAUAUGUGUAACACAUUUUGUCAUUUUGUGUCUAGUCCACGCUUGCCUGGGCAAGAGCCUCUGCCACCUGCCUCAACUUUAACUGCCUGCUAAUCCUCUUACCAGUUAGUAGAAACCUGGUUUCAUUCUUAAGGGGAACAAGUUUUGUAAGUACUUUUCCCCCUAUUGCACAAGUAUUGCCUUUUAAAUGAUCAUUGAAAAGGUUCACUGAUAAUGUUCUUGUUAUAAAUGCACAUUUAAAAGAAACUGAUAAACUGUAGCAUUUGACUGCUAGUGGAUAUUUAUAGGAGUGUAUUUUUCCAUACACUUGUCACAGUGUUGCAAAUAUAGCUAUAAUAUUUCAACAACAACAACAAUACUACUACUACUACUACUACUACUAAUAAUAAUAAUAAUUUAUUAUUAAUAUCCCACCCAUCUGGCUGGGUUUCCCCAGCCACUCUGGGUGGCUUCCAACAGAAUAUUAAAAUACAAUAAUCCGUCAAACAUUAAAAGCUUCCCUAAACAGGGCUGCCUUCAGAUGUCUUCGAAAAGUCUGGUAGUUGUUUUUCUCUUUGACAUCUGGUGGGAGGGUGUUCCACAGGGCGGGUGCCACUACCGAGAAGGCCCUAGGUGAUUUAGACUCAUUCACUCUCUCUUCUUUUUUCCUCAGCUGAUAUAGCUGCAGGGAGGACAUUGGAAGCUUUUGCUACUAUUGUUGUUGUUUUUUAACCACCAGUUGUUUAGCAUUAUGCCCCAAUCUGGACAAGCUUCAAUUAGCUUUAACUAUGGUUUUCUUAAAGAAGCCUACUUCAGAUACUGGUUUGUGAAGCUAGCUUGUUACAAUAAACCACAGCCAAAAUUAACUUGAGUUUUGCCUCUCAAAAUCGCCUCUCAAAAUUCUCCAGCCUAAUUUUGAGCAAGGAAAUCAGGGGGACCAUGCCAUCAAACUUCUCCAAGGUGAGGAGAAACUCUGUAACAGUUUUUCAGGAGUGUAGCUCACCAUUAUCAGUGACAGCAGCACCAUCUCCUUUUCCCCCUAAGGGUUUUUGAUCAUUCUUGUAAUGAUAAACCAUAGUUUAUUAUUGUAGGAGUGGGCAUAGGUGAAUCUUGGAAUCACCUCUCAACAUUGCGUCUGGCUGCAGUAUUCCAGCUAUGUUCAGUAAAUUCUGGACUAGAUAAACUGUACUUUAUAAUUAUGUUUGCAUGCAAUUUCAAGUUCAUAAAAAUGAUUUAAAAUGCAUAUCUUUUCCCCUUUUCAUCAAGUGUUGUGGAGGAGUCCUGAGGAGACAACUUGACAAAAGUGUCACAUUUCACAAGACUAUUGCAUAUGGAGUAGCUGUGAAUGCAAGUAAGUUUUUUUUAAAAAAACUUAAUGCUUAGAAUGUAGGCUUCCUUGUUUUGUCUGGAGUGAUAUGAAUUUGGAGUGCUAAUCAUGCAGUCUUAAUGCAGGGAGGUCCAAUGUGGAACUGGCCCAUGUGGGGACACUGAGGGCUGGGCUUGUAUGUGUAGCCUGGCCCUGCUUUUAGCCACACACUUUCAAUAAAACCCCUGAAUAUUUGGAAUUCACGUGUGAGCAAACAAAUAUAAAAUAUUUUUGGGGGGUUGGGGGUGGGAUCUCUGAGGAACUCAACUUUCUACCCUUGGUAUCCAGAGACACUCUCAGUGCUCUCAAAUAUGUCUCCUUAGAAUCUAUUGUUUGCAAUGAAACUCCCAAGUAAGAGUACAUUUUCCCUUCUCCCUGAUAACAACACUUUCUGCUGUGAUGGAAACCAGUUCUGUUAUUUCAGGGAUGGCUUGCUGACGGAGUGAAUAAAUGCAGUUGUUUUUUGGGAAAAGGAAGAAGCUCUGUCUGGUAUCACUUAUGGUACCCCUAUUAUUGAUUUGCAAUUCUUACAUAUUUUAGUAGCAGGUGAGAUUCAGUUUCCUUUAUUUCUAUCUAGUCAUCAGAUCAUUACAAAACAAAGGUUUAACAGAAUGAAAGUAACGCAAGGUAACAUUGACAAGUUUAGAAAUCCUACAGCGUAAACAAGCUUAAAAUGCCAACUAAGGCUUACUCAGAGUAGACCCACUGAAAGUAAUGAUCAUGACUCAGUUAGGUCCAUUCUCUUCAAUGGGUCUACCCUUAGUAAAACUUAGUUGAAUGCCACCCUGAUUUUUCCUGGCAUAGCACUACACUGCCCCUUUAAAAAAAAGAAAGAAAAUGGCCCUCUUUUAACAAAUAUGAAAAUGCAAUAUUAAAUUGAAAUAAAAAUGAGAUGAAACAAAAUGAAUCCGUGCAAAUCCAAAUACAAUUAUGUAAAACCUAAAUGGAUAAAAGCAUAAAACAAGACUUAAAAUUCUGAAUCUCCCUGGCAGGAGACAGCAUUCUCUCAAGAAAUUUCUCCUCUCAUUAGUAGAAAACUGCAGUCUUCACAGGAGGCAGGAACAUUUGCUCUUCUCCAAACCAUCCCAGUUUUCUGCAAAGUUUUCUGCAGCUUUCUUUGCUACAUCCAAGGAGCAACACAGAUCCUUUGUUAUGCAGAAUGUGUGCCUUUAACCACUUAAUUGCUGGGUCAGAGGGCUUACCCUUUGAAACAGGAGGAUCUUACGGAUAGGAGUGUCAAAGACCAAACACACACCUAUAUGCUGCAAUCAAUUAUUUAGUCAAUAACAAGGUCUAAACCAGGGGUCAGCAAACUUUUUCAGCAGGGGGCUGGUCCACUGUCCCUCAGACCUUGUGGGGGGCUGGACUACAUUUUGAAAAGAAAAAAAAAUGAACGAAUUUCUAUGCACCACAAAUAACCCAGAGAUGCAUUUUAAAUAAAAGAACACAUUCUACUCAUGUAAAACACCAGGCAGGCCCCGCAAAUAACCCAGAGAUGCAUUUUAAGUAAAAUGACAUAUUCUACUUAUGUAAAAACACGCUGAUUCCUGGACCAUCUGCUGGCCGGAUUUAGAAGGCGAUUGGGCUGGAUCCGGCCCCAGGCCUUAUUUUGCCUACCCAUGGUCUAAACAUUAUCCCUAUCCAUUCAUACUUACUCAAGCAUACCUCCUCAGAUGGCCAAUCUGAGCAGAGCUGGUAAGAGGUCAGAGUUUGUCUGAUGCACUCUGACUUCUGGACUUGUCUUCUUGAUCUCCAAAAUCCUAGGUGCACAAGUCCUUGCUUUAUACUUUCCAGUUUUCAUCAAACAUGACGAAAGUUAUAGUGAGUAGCAUUUGAGGUCAUUUGAUCUGGGGUCAUCAGGGUAUUUUCCCAGACCCUCAUAUGUUGUUCCAUCAUAUGCUGUUUUUCAGACAGACAGGUUCCCACUCCCUGAUCUUUUGAACUUUCAGGAGUCCUAAGACAACCAGAACACAGCCUUCUGUCUUGGCCUUCUUCUUGAUCUUUUAACCUUAGGUCUCACAUAUUGGAAAUAGCCAUAGAUUUUCAAAAGACCACUUGCUUUUAGCUGUUCGUGGUGUGUAUUUUUUGCUUUCCUUCCUCCAGCAGAUGUUCCCAGAUGCCCUCUAUAGUUCCCACCAACAAUUCGGCACUCAGAUUCAUUCUUUAUCAUCAGCCAUUGAAUAAAUAAACAUUCUCCCAUACAUUCACUAAACACCCCCCCUUUUUUUAAAGACAUAUUACAUUCUUUGAUAUACAGGCAACUCCCUGCUUGCACACGUUCAACUCGCAUACAACCAUGUAUAUGUGUGGUGUUGGGAAAUGAAUAAAUAAUUCGAUUUAAACUGCAAAAAAGGUGUGAAAUGGGCAAAAAUGGCCCCAAAAGAGCACAAAAGCUGUGAAAAUGGUGUGAAAAGAAUGGGGGGGAAAGACUAGGAAGUGCUGCUGGUUUUUUAAAGGGAAUUUUCACAGGGUUCCAGAGGUUUAGAAGGUGUUUACAAGCUUUUUAGAUGCUGUUCCCCACUAUACAUGAUUUCACAUAUAUGUGCGAUACUUGCGAUUGUAACCCUCAUGUAAGUGGGAAGUCGCCUGUACCCAACCAUCAACUCUGAUUCAUUCCUUCUGCAUACAAUGCAGAUCCAAUGCAAAAGGGAUGACUCUAAAUAGGAUCAGUGGCUCAAGAGUUCUACCCAGCAGCUGUUGAUACUCCCUUGCCUUCAAGAAGGACUGUGGAAGGGCUCCAAGAUGGCACACUUCCCACCAGGAUCAGUCAGCUGAAUUUUUGUUCUGCUCAAAACCUCAAAAGAGCAUGGAAUGCAGAACACAUUGCAGUGCUGCGUGGAGUUAUAUUUCUCUAUCAGCCCAGCAACAUACCACUUUUCUUUCAUCAUAAGAAUGGAUUCCUGAAGAAAGCACAAUUUCCCCCUUUUAAUUAACAAGUCAUUCCAGGAAUAGAAAUGUAUUAAUUGAUCUUGUUUUAGUUUCCUCAAGGUAUCAAACUAAAGGUGCAUUAACUUUAAGUCCCCCAAAGGGAGAUUUCCUCCCAAUACAAAUAGCAGCUUCAGGAGAGAGAUUUUCCUCCCAGCUGAUGCAUGAUUGACUGGAUCUGAAAAGAGCUACUUUGGCACACAUUGGGCUUCUUCCACAAAGAUGGGGAAACUACCCAGCCGUGUUUCUCAUUCCUAUGGAGGAAAACCCUAUACAUGUAGAUGGGGCUCCCUUUAGACCAGCGGUUCUCAACCUGUGGGUCCCCAGAUGUUGUUGGACUACAACUCUCAUCAUCCCUGAGCUCUGGCCUUGCUAGCUAGGGGUGAUGGGAGUUGUAGUUCAACAACAUCUGAGGACCCACAGGUUGAGAAAGGCUGCUUUAGACAGAGCUGGUUAUGUGAUGCAUGGGAAACAUUGUUGUUGAGAGGUUGGGAUUCCCCCCUAGUUUUUACACACAUUUCUUGUCCACAGAUACUGCUCAGGGCCUCUGCCUUGGGAAGAAUGGAACAGGGAUUUUAUUUAACUAUGUUUGUAUGUAUGCAUUUAUGAUAAGACAUGAAAGCUAUUAAUAGACUAGGAAUAAUUUACAGGAUGGUGGCGAUCACAGUAUAGGAGAGGUGUAAAUAAUGGGAGGCAUUGGCAAUCUAUGCAGGUUAAGACAUAGCUGUUAAAUUCUGAGCACGGUAACUGUGAAAUUAAUAAAUCUGAGUGUAAGAGAUGUCUUAGAUAGUUUUAAACUGUUUAAAAAUAUGUUUUUGUUUUAUUUUAAAUUGUGCUAUUUUAACAUUUCGAUGAAUAGAAUAGAAUCCAUAUAAUACAAGUUAGGAAACUGAUUGUAAUGGGUAUGCUUAAGUACUUAAUUAAAAGGUGACUAACUUCAGUGCAACUAUUAUCCCAGACAGGCAUGCAGAAAGACAGAGAAGUGGCUUUUACUCUCUUGAAUAAGUAUGUGCACCAGUUCAAUAAGAGCUGUAUAUGCUUCGCUGAGAACAAACACAGAUUAGCCAAAUGUAUCAAGACAUCUCUCGUUUGGCUCUUUCUCUACAUGCUGAACUGAUGGAUAAUGACCUGUAAUUGCAGCUCAUUUACUAACCCCCUCUCCAUAAAACAAUCCAGCAAUGAGAUAGAUGGAAAAUUAUAGACUAGCGUGCAACAAAGUAAUAAUAGCACAUAUGAACUACUUAUGUAUGAUCAUAGACUUGGAUUUAUAGCCUGCUCUUCCAUAGCUGCUGACGUGUGAUGGGCAUGUUUUGAAUGUAAGAGGUGCUCUAUACACUACAAUGGGCAAACACACACAUUUCUCCACAGUGCAAAAAAGUGGGGGCCUACGCAUCUUCCACACAAAAAGGCUUCAAUGUAAAUUGAACAGCACGUUGCCUACAAGGGCAGCCUCAUUCACAGAAGUGGGAAAGACAAUGUUGUGUGCUUGUUCCUCUGCAAUUCCACAGAAGUGAAUAGGACAACAACUCUGGUGUUUUGAACCUAUGGGAAUGAAACCAGGCCCCCGCAUGCAUUCACAGGUUUUAUAUGAUAAGGAGAGCUGUAGAAAAAGUGGAAAGAUAAAAGUGAGAGAGGCUGAACCACCCCAUGUUUGAACGUUAUGUAUCAGAUUUGAACUGAAACAGUAUUAUAUUGAUUUAUAGUAUAAAUAUAUAUUCAGGGGUAAUAUCAGCCUUUCAUGGUUUAUAUUGUGACAUUCUCUCUCUCUCUCUCUCUCACACACACUCACACACACACGAGAGAGAGAGAGAGAGAGAGAGAGAGAGAGAGAGAGAGAGAAAAUUGAAUGCAAAAGGUAAACCAAGCUAUGUUCUCAAGCACAUAACUCAUUACCUGACCAUUGUUGGAAAAAUAUUUGUCAUCACCAUCAUCAAGGCUGCCCAGCUCUUUUCUGGGAAUACAUGUUUAGCCAUCCAUUGUUUACCCAAUGACUCAUCCAUGAAAUAAGGAUCUGUUUGCUUCCAAUAUUUCAUAUUAUGGUCCUCACUUUACACAACUCUUUCUUUUCAAAGCCAUUCACAUCAUUGCACAUUUGAUCAACAUAGAGCGAUACCAUCUUAGCCAGUCAAAACAAGCAGGAGAGUUAAGCAGUAAACUGUCAGGCAUUGGCAAGAGCCCUAAUGAGUCCUACUUGAACCCAAUCAGGAACUAUGACAUGGUAAGUUGGCAUUUUGGGGAUUGGCUGGUGUUUGUCAUUGGACUGUUUCCCCUGCCUUGAAAAUGUGUGCGCGCUCUCUCUCUCUCUCUCUCACACACACACACCAGAAACAAUAGAAGCAAAAAGUCUUCAAAUGUUUAGUGUCUUCAAAUGUUUGCACAAGCACACUUUAUUUUGAAAGAAGAACGUGGCACCAUGUGUAUAACUCAUUAUUGCCUAACAUCUGCCUUUCAGAAAGUUACAGCUAGAUUAAUCUGCAUGGGUUUCAUUCUUACCUUUCUGUUUCAUUGAAUCUUGCUCUAUUUCAUUCCCUCAGAAGGACUCCAGUGUAGCAAAACAGCUACCUCUUAGAUCAUAUCAUUUCCUGUAAUCCUUUCACAGAAGCAAACAAAUUGCAGCUAAUAUUAUUUAUACCACUUUCCAGCACAAACCUAAGUUUUAAUAAUCAGUGCCAAUAGGUUGCAUCCAGUGCUAGUUCUAUCCAUUGAAAAUAACAGACAUAACUAACUUAGGCCCAUUAAUUUCAGUCGGUCUACUCUGAGUAAUACUUAGAAACAACCCAGUAUGUCUGAUUAAAAUGCCCCAAAUCUUUCAUGUGUUUAUUUUUAUGCUGAAGCUACAACAUUUAUUCAUUUGUCCUAUAAAACCACUUUAUUAUUUUUCUCCCCCCCCCCCACCAAAAAAAAGAAUGCAAUAACUGAAAUACUAACAACCACUGCUGGAAUGACAGGUCUCCUGAUCACUGUGUCAUUAAUUCUGAUCAUGACUUCAUCUACAGAGAUCAUCACAAGGUCCUUCUAUGAGGUGUUCUGGUAUACUCAUCACCUGUUUGUUGUUUUCUUCAUUGGUUUAGUUAUCCAUGGGAUGGGGUGAGUAUCAGUAUACAUCAAUAUGACUCAAUGUCAUCAUCAUCAGAAGUCAUCAUUUGUGUGUUGCUUUCCUACCAGAUUGUGCCCAAAGUCACAUCACCCAUAUUAUAAAUUUAUGCAAGAUGGAGAGUGGACUUCUUUGAGGGCAGCAUAGAAACAGUCUGAGAGGCCAACACUCCUGCUUCCUGCUGUAACCUACCCACAAAUUUCCCCAGCCUGCCACCAUCAGGAAUGGCUGAUACAGUGGGGUGGUACCACACUGCCAGCCCAGAAUGAGGCAGGGCAAGAGUGAAGCUGAGGCUGCCUGGUUCGCUGGGGGGAGCACUGGACUGGCUGCGCUAGCGUGCCUGAACAGCCCUGACCUCAUUGCUGCCCAGCUUUACCCUGGCACAUUGUCCAUAUAAGAAGAAGAGUUUGGAUUUGAUAUCCCACUUUAUCACUACCCGAAGGAGUCUCAAAGUGGCUAACAUUCUCCUUUCCCUUCCUCCCCCACAACAAACACUCUGUGAGGUGAGUGGGGCUGAGAGACUUCAGAGAAGUGUGACUGGCCCAAGGUCACCCAGCAGCUGCAUGUGGAGGAGCAGAGAUGCGAACCCGGUUCCCCAGAUUACGAGACUACCGCUCUUAACCACUACACCACACUGGCAGCAAAGAUGCCACUGUUGGCCCUGCCCCAUUGUGAUGGACACUGCUGACCACCACUGUGUUAUUCCAUGUGUGCUAAAAGAAAGGCUCAUGAGAUUUUUAAUUCACAGAGGGACUUUUUGAUGGUAAUGCAAGUGAAAAGGGAAUGUCGAAGACCAUUUUUUAUUCAGCUCUAGCUUUAUAACGCUUUUCUUUUUCUGUUUAGUCAGCUCAUCCGUGGCCAGACCCCUCAGAGUUUGUUGCUGCACAAUGUCACUUACUGCAAAGAUCAUUAUUCGGAGUGGGAAACAUCAGGUCAAUGUCCUUUGCCACAGUUCUCUGGCAAUGACCCUGUGGUAAGAAUGACUCUUGCUUCUUCCCUCAUUCUAGGCCCUUUCAGAUGUGUUGCUGUUCAGAUUUUUUAAAAAGUGUUAUUGUUACUUUGCUGUUUCUUAGAGAGUGAUUGCACUUCUUCCACUCCACUCCAAGGAGGGAAUUGUUCAGAAUCUGAGUUUUCUAAACUUGUGUCUCUAGCUGUUUUUGGACUACAACUCCCAUCAUCCCUAGCUAGCAGGGCCAGUUGUCAGGGAUGAUGGGAACUGUAGUCCAAAAGGAGCUGGAGAUCUAAGUUUGGGAAAACCUGGUUCAGAUUGAGAUAUGUUCUGUGCCUUAUGCUCCCUCAUUCCACCAAGCAGUAAAUGUUGGAGUUAUGAGCAUGUGCCAAAAUUAUUGAUACCCCUUUCAGUGUUUGUUGUUGUUGUUGUUGUUGUUUUGCAUAUAACAUGUGAUAUGAUAUAAUUCCGGCCCCCUUGGGAGAUUAGGAGAAUAGACAGCAGGAAUUACAGUGGUACCUCAGGUUAAGAACUUAAUUUGUUCUGGAGGUCCGUUCUUAACCUGAAACUGUUCUUAACCUGAAAGCACCACUUUAGCUAAUGGGACCUCCCGCUGCCGCUGCGCCGCUGGAGCACGAUUUCUGUUCUCAUCCUGAAGCAAAGUUCUUAAACCGAGGUACUAUUUCUGGGUUAGCAGAGUCUGUAACCUGAAGCGUCUGUAACCUGAAGCGUCUGUAACCCGAUGUACCACUGUACUUGGUUUACUGAGUCAGUCUAAGCUGUCCAUCGUUUUAGAGACUGCAUUGACAGGCCUCCUGUCAGAAAAAGUAGGGAAAUGCCAUGAAACAAAAAUUGCUCAAACUACCACCACCUUGCCACAUAUAAAAGUGAGAAACUGCACAAAGCACCUUCCACACAAUGAAAAUAUUGUGGAAUUAUUUAAGAUAUUUCAGAAUAAGUCAUCUAUAGGGCUUCACAAAACACAUCUGGAAGAGCCCGAAGAGUGUUGCUCUGUUUACAAGGUUGUAGAAAAACAAGAGUGCCUCCUGUAUAAAAUGAAUCGCAGUGGCACCUGUUUAAAAAUCCCAAUUAAUUUGCUUGACCGUCUUUGCCAAUAAUGCCUUCCAAGCUGUUAGAUGAUUUCAUUAUGUGUCAUAUUGUGCCUAUAAUUCUCUGAUUAGAAUAAGGUUGCCAGUCUGACCACCCAGUGCAAAGAACAAUAUUUUAUGUCAAGGCAUUUUUAAAAAAAAAAAACAAAAUGAGAAAACAAAAGUAAGCUGUCUGAGAGUUUGAAAUCUUGUUCAAAAACAAACCCUCCAAAGACUGCAAAUCCACAGGGGGUAAUUAAGUAACCAUCAUGUGCAUGCUUGUCACAUGCUUGAGUGACAAAAAUCUAACAUUUAUUAAGAUAUUUUUAGGCUACUAUUCACAAAAGAUUAGGAUUGGGCAGAAAGAAAGCAGGAAUAAAAUUACUAUGUUAAAAUACAAUGGGGGAAAAAUACAUCAAUAACUUAGAAGGAUUGUAAUGACUGACCUAGAUUGGUUCCCACAUAAAACUAUUAUUUGCUACUACCCUGCAUGCAUAUUAAUGUAUCUCAAAAAAACUUAGUGUCUCCAUAGAAAUAAAUACUGUGAAUAAAGACAGCCAUUGUCUUGCAAUACCGUGCACUGAAACUAAUGAGCAUAACAUCAGUGAGGCAUGUCUCCUUCCCUGCACACCCAAAGGAAUGUACUCAAGAUUGGGGAAGUGCUGUGACAGUGGUAGGGCACCUGCUCUACAUGGUUAAAGUCCCAGGGGUAACCUCCAGCAUCUCCAGGUAUGACUGGGAGAGACCCCUGCUUGGAAUUAUGGAGAGCUGCUUAGUCACUGUAGACAGCACUGGGCUAGAGGGACCAAUGCUCCGACUCAGCAUAAAGCAGCUUUCUGUGUUGUAGAUAGAUUAAUAGAUCGACAGAUCUCCCUAGUUUCAUAGCUGAUGCUUCAUUGUGCUUUCAGUGGUGGCUGAGGCCCAUUGGGACCAAUAGGGUGGAACUCAAGGUGACCAAGGGUAGGUGGAGCCAGAGCAAAUGACUUGCAAUGCUGACUAAUUCUACUUUUGUGAGCAUCCUCCUCUGAGUUCUGCAACACUGAGUCUAAGGAGGAGGAAGCUGACAGCCAGUGCUCUGGACUGAUAGUAAGUAAGAAGAUAGGCAGGUUGAGGGCAGACUGAGCUGGAGGACCAGUCUCUGUUGCAUGGUUUUGAAUGCUGAUAGAUCUUUAAUCUCAAAGUCAUACCAGAUUAAGAUGAUUUGGUCUAAGAAACAGAUGACAAACACAUUGAAGUUGGGAAAACACAAUGUUGGCACAUACCACUUAGUUUUACAGAUCAUUCACUGCUUCCUGGAAGAUUUCCUCUGAGUGGAACUCAAUAGAUAUUAGGAUGUCCAAGAAGGAAGCUUUCCUUACCACAUUCCCAAUGUAGACAUUCACAAAGAAGUCUUUGUGAACGUUAAAUGAGCAAUGAAUGUUACAGCCAUCUAUCUUACUCCUUAAGGAGUUUCAAGAUUUGUUUCCUGUGCCAUGGCAGCACUGGGUAAGGAUGUCUGGUUGACUGUCACCAGGUCAUUGUUUUAAAAAAACAAAACCCAACUCUUCUGAUUUACAACGCCACCACUAAGCCAUCCACAAGCAAACUCUGGGAGAAUAUCUCCUGGAGGAUUUUGAUAUUCAACUUUAUUAAUCUCUCUGAGCACAUGAGAGUAACGGGUCAACACUGAUCAAAUCACACAAAGGUGUAAAUCAAAGCCUAUAUGAACAGUAUUGCUUAAACAGUAUCACUUAAAGCCGUCCAGAGUGGCUGGGGAAAUAAUAAUAAUAAUAAUAAUAAUAAUAAUAAUAAUAAUAAUAAUAAUACAGUAGUAUUGAAAUGGAAAUGCCUGUUUCCAGGACAGUGAAAAGGCCAACAACAUUAGGUCUAAAGUGGGUCUCAAAAGUGUCACAAAUGGAGAAUUCAGCAAGCUUGCCAAGGAAUGAAGUCAAUCAUCUCUUUAAAUAAUUCAUAUGUUAUUUAAACUGUUAUUGGUUGUUUAGAACAUAUAUAAAAGAAACACACUUCAUAGAUUUGACCAGGUUCACCUCCAAGUGAUGGUGAUCUACCUUUAGAGUACUAAAGCCUGUAUCCUCAGCUUCCAUCAUCAGCCUGUCCAAUAUCAUUUAAUGUCAGGACUAAUGUAUUUGUCACCUUGGCACAAGGCAAGUGUCCUGAAUACAAGGAAAGAAGCUUUGGUCACUCAACAAGUCAUCAAAGACUAUUCAUUUCCAACAAAAAGAACACUUUAAAGAUAGCACUUUCUACAGCUGCUUGCGAAAGGAUCAAAGGAGCAUAUUUGAAAGCCUUGGCUGAAUUCUCAGGGAGGAUAUCAAAUAGUUUAAAAAUUCCUCAGCAGGGUUUUUCUGUCUGUGCAAUACAAACAGAAAGAAGAAAGACGCUUGAUUUUCCCUUUUCUGUAGCUAGUAAUUAGGCCAAUGAUUUACUUUUCAUCGGUGACUUGCACCACUGCAGUUUCUUAAGCCAGAGCAAUAUUUUACCUCCAGUACUUCUGCUGAGAUGAGUUAUAGCCUGAGCAGCAACCCUAUUAUGCUGAAGAAUCUCGAUGCAAUGGAGUGACUUUGAUCUUGUGGUGCCACCUUAGACUCCCUAGUGCAAGCAUUAAGCUUGUGGCACUCAGAUAAUCUUACCUCAUAUAUGCCCAUUUGACCACUCUGAACUGCAGAACUGGCACUCCUACAGGCAUCACAUAAUACUUGUUUUGCACUUGUAAGAAAUCAAUAAUUUAGUAUGGCUUCACCCACAAUUUGGAACUCCCUGUCUCUUGAUAUCAAGCAGGUAACUUUGCUGUACACUUUUUGAUGCCUGCUAAAAAACACUUUAGGCAAACCUAGCCAGACAUGUAGAAGUUGACAUGUGUUUUAAUCUGUUUUUAGUUUAACUGUUGGUUUUAAUUAUAUUUUGGAUUGCUUAAAAUACUUUAUCUUUUUAACUUUAUCUUUUAUUUAAAGAUAGUAUUUUUAUUUAAAAUAGUUUAUCUUUUUUAACUUUAUCUUUUAUUGACAAUGUGGUUAUUUGGAUUUGUUUUUUCUAAACCACCUAGCUGUUCUAUUUGUAAUCAAGUGGUAUAUAAAUUUCAUUAUAUAAAAUAAAAAUAAAGCUAAUGUUCCAGAGGGUAGCCGAGUUAGGCUGUCACAGGAAAAUCAGUGAAGAGUCUUGUGGCAUCUUAAAGACCCACAAGUUUCAUAUGGCCCAAUAUUAUGGAUUAGAGUCCUUUUAAGCUUAGCCCAUUAUAAAUUUGUUAGUCUCAAAGACUGCAACUAAAAAGGCAAUUCAUUCAAGACAAGAGGGCAAUGCUAUAGUAUGCAUCACCAUGCAAUGAGGCUAGAGAGAGUUGUGGGCCAUAAAUGACCUUUUUGCAUCUUUAACUUCCUGUCCUCAAGUAUGACUGCUAAGUUGCAAAGUCAGUAGCAGUUCUGGCUCCUUCCUGGGAACAUCCAAUACCCCAGAUCAGAUUUAGGAGCACAGCUGAUAAAAAUGUCCAGGCCAGGAGGACAGGGCAGCUCCCACCACACAGUUCUUCCCCCAGUCAAGUCACUUCAGACGGCUUUGUGCUGGUUGAAAAAAGCAUAUCAUUCCAUAAACUGGGACACUAUCGAUUUGUAAGUGACCCCCACCCCCAAACCAUGGCCCUUGAUGUUUGAGGGACCCAUUGGAAUGGGGUGGAAUAAGACAAAUGAGACUUGAGUAGGUCAGGGGGAAAUGACUGAAAAUCAGGUGCCUCUUUCUGCUAGCGAAAACAUCCCCUGUGGAUACAACCAAGUGUAUUUUUUUGCCUCAAUGUCAUCAGUGUCAAAUUUUAACAGAAAUUAUUGCAACCAGUUCUGUGAUGGUACCAUACUCUGGAAAACUGGGGAGGAGGGUAAUGAAAAAUGUGGAAAACCUGCAGUGUCAAAUGGUUCAAGAAUUUUAUAGACAACUAUUCUGCAUCACUUUGGUUGGUUCUGAUAACAAUACGUAUUGCCCAAUUGUGGGCUUUAGAAUGAUUAUUUUAAUUAUUAUGAAUUGGAACUAGCGUCUUUCCAUUCAUUUGCACCCAGUGCAUUGCUGAUGUGGGAAUAUAAAUCAGCUCCUUUAAUAAUGAGAGUUUUUAAAAAAUGUGAUGGUAAUGUGUGAAUUUGCUGAAUUAAAAGAACAAAUAUUAAACAAUAGUAUUUGCAAACAGCUACAUGAUCUAGUUUUAUUCAGCACUGGAUACAGACUAGGGCAACUGCCCCGUGUUUCUCCCUAUUGCAUACUGUUAUUCUUGGUUUUAUUAAUAUAUAAAGUAUUAAUUAAAGAGAAACUUAAAUCUAAGUACUUUGGUAUAAUUGAGUUGCAAAGUCAAUAAAUGAAAGCACAUCCAUUUUGCAUAUCCUCUGCUGACUAAAAUAAGCCAUUGUAAGCUGUUUUUCCGAUACUAAAACUAAAGCGGGAGAAUGAAUGCUUGCAUGUCUAAAAAAAUCCUGCAUCUUCCAUUAUAUCUAAUUAUCUAAAGCUGUUGUAGCUCAAGCUGAACAGAAUGACCAGUUAAUAUAUAUGGUCAGCUAAGUACAUUUGAUCAAUAGGAUGAUCAGUAUAUAUGACCAUGAAGUGCAAUUAUCAGCUAUAAUAUCUUGAGGUCUAAGCAACUUGAUGUCAUAGAUCUGCUAAGUGUAAUUAUUGACAAUAAAACAGCCCAAUCAAUUUAAUAAAAAUAGGUCAUUUCAGCAUAACUGAACUUUUUGGGUCAAUUUCUGGCCAAUGCAUCAUACUAGAAAACUUUGCUAAUUGUACAGCAGAAUCAGGGAGUGGAAAUUGGUUCUCUCUUCUUAAAGGUUCAAGAAUCCAAUCUAGAGAGCCUGUGUCAGAAAAAGAGAAGCGACAAUUUCACAGAGCAUGCAUUUAUGCACUCUGAGCCAAACAGGAUCCAUGCCCUGAAUAGCUGAGGGUGGCUUGCAUCAGCAACCAUCAUGCUUAGGCAGGUGCAAGAAGCCCUAUGCCCUGGCAGAGCCCACCACUGACACCAUGGACCCUCUACAGCCCACCCCCUCCUUGAUUUCCAAAAGCUUGGAAAGGCCUCCCAUUGUUUUUUCUAGUUCAGGACUCUGAACAAUGAACAGGUAGGGAAUUCCAUUUCUCACCGUUUCCCUACUGUAGUCCAGGCAUUACUUACUUUAAUAUUGCAUUAUUGUAAGAUAAAGGUAAAGGACCCCUGGAUGGUUAAGUUCAGUCAAAGGCAACUAUGGGGUUGUGGUGCUCAUCUCGCUUUUAGGCCGAGGGUGCUGGUGUUUGUCCACAGACAGCUUUCCGGCUCAUGUGGCCAGCAGGACUAAACCACUUCUGGCACAACGGAACACCGUGAUGAAAACCAGAGUGCACGGAAACACUGUUUACCUUCCCGUCGCAGUGGUACCUAUUUAUCUACUUGCACUGGUGUGCUUUCAAACUGCUAGGUUGGCAGGAGCUGGGACAGAGCAACGGGAGCUCACUCCAUCGUGGGGAUUCGAACUGUUGACCUUCUGGUUGGCAAGCCCAAGAGGCUCAGUGGUUUAGACCACAGCUCCACCUUAUUGCAUUAUUGUAACACAUUCUAAGUAGGGCUUUCUUUGCACUUUCCUUGGAAACCUAGUUAGUUAAGGAAGAUGCAGCACAAUUACUGACAGGAGUGACACCCUGUCAGCAUAUUACACACCCUGCUCAGAGAGCUGCACUGGCUUCUGUUUCAUUAGUGGGCUAAAUUCAAGUUAUUACUAUUAGUAUUUAAAGCCCUUAACAGCUCAUGGGCCAUAAGUUUCCAGCCCCUGUUGAAAAGAUGGAAACCUGCAUUCUCGUCUCCGUCAGUCGGGCGGUGGAGUGUUUGGCAAGCACUCCUCCUCUUUGCUUAGGAAUUUUGGGUAUAUUGCCCACCUUAGCAUCCUCUUUGAAGGCAAGGUGGAGAUGGACUGAAAUAACAUAGUGCCUGCAGUGGUUUCCAUCAGAAAUUUAAAGCUUAUAUAUGCAUUAAAACUUCUCUUUAUAUGAUCCUCAACAGGCUUGGAAGUGGGUCUUAUGCCCUGUGAUAUUGUACAUCUGUGAAAGAAUUAUUAGGCUCUGGAGGUUUCAGCAAGAGGUGGUCAUUACAAAGGUGUGUAUGUCGUAUCAGCUUUAUUAUCUGUAUUAAAAUAAAAAUGUAUGGUUAUAUUGCUUCAUCAGUAGAAAGUUCUGUAUUCAAUAUUUUGUUGGUGUAUUGCACAUUCUACUCGUGGGUUCAUUUUCAUUACCAUAUACAUGAGCAUUUCAAUAUUGCCUUACUUUCAUAAUACUGUUAAGAAAAAAGUUUUCCUGCAACGGCAAGUCGGAAAUUGAACUGCAAGGUAUGCAACAUCAUCACCGUGUGAAAAAUAUGGAGGCGCUGUGGCCAGCAAAAAGUCAUGCAACCAGGUGCAAAUGGUAGCUAAUAUUUGCCCAUUGAAAAUCAGCUGAGUCACAUCUAUUUUUACAUUCCUUGUUGAUGCACAGGACUAUUUUGGGGUUGCCAUUCAGUGGUAGAGCCUCUGCUUUGCAUGCAGGUUCAAUCCCCAACAUCUCUAGGUUGGGCUGUGUGAGUUCCAUGAGUUCCUUGACUGAAACCCUGGAAAGAGCCACUCCUGGUCAGUGUACACAAUACUGAACUAGAUGGACUUGGUAGAAGAAAGCUCCUUAGGUUCAUAGAUAUAUUGUGUGCUGAUUGUCAUUUGACUGUGGCUUAGGUGGUGUCUCAUUCCUCUGGAGUUCUGGAGCUUCAUAUGAAAAAACGUGGCUUUAAGAUGGAGGCUGGUCAGUAUAUCUUUCUCCAGUGCCCCGCUAUCUCACAGAUGGAAUGGCACCCAUUCACUCUCACUUCAGCCCCAGAAGAUGACUUUUUCAGUGUACACAUAAGGUCAGUCGGGGAUUGGACAGAAGCCCUUUUCAGCGCCUUUGGAGCAGAGGAGAAAACCUUUAAGGAGCCCUGGAAGCUGCCAAGGUUUGAUAACUAACUGCAGUGUUACAUACUUGUCAUUUUGUUUUGAUUAACUAACAAUUUGUGAAGGGGUUUUCCCCCCUCCUCAUAUCGAAGCAGAGUAUAAAUUAUAAUUAUAGAUGUAGUAAAACACAGCAUUCUCGAAGUCUCACUGGCAGGAGGAAAAAAACCCCAUAUAUUAAUGUUUUCCUUCAGGAGGACUGCUUAAAUCAUGCUACUUGGAAAAGAUAUUGAAUAUUAUUUGAUAUGCCCAUGAUCCAGCCAACACUAAGCACUUUGACAUUCCAUGGUUUUCAGUAGGAAAGCUAAGCAACUGUUUAAGUCUGCAACUGUAAGGUUCAUAAAGUGCUUCACUUAUAGGGGAAGGGACAGGUUUCGGGGGAGAGCAGGGGGCUUAAUGAAAUCCACAGAUCCUACCUCCCAAUUUUAGCAAAAUCAUGUCCCUCCAUAGUUUUCUAAAAAACAGUAUCACAAAGGCAAUGCCUUCUUCCCCUGUAAUUCAAGUACCGGGAGUAAGUCCAUUGAACUCCAUAGCAUUUACUUCUGAGUAAAUAUGUAUGCUUACCACUAUGCUGAAUGGGAAGGGAGAGGAUAGAUAUUUUAACUAAAAAUCAGAAAUGUUUGUUUUUGCUGCAAUGCCUAUAAAUAACCAAAGGAUAAAAGAGAUAAAAAUAAAUUACCCCCGGAUUGGAAGUAAAACUUUUUGAAUCUACUCUGGCUCUAUAGCCAGUUCUUAUUUGCUUGUUAGCAUACUUGCUAUUUUUUUUCCAGCUUUGCCAUAAACUUUCUUCAUCCUUCCUAAUCAUUAUAAAAUAGUACCAGCAACUUAACAGGGUAUCUGGGACAAGGCCAUCUUUGCAGCGGGUGCUGGAUGCUGGCAUUUUGUUCUCAGGAAGCUAUUCUCAAAUCUAUGUUCUUCCCGUCUGCUUGCAGCUUCCUAAAAGUUGGCACAUGUCAUGCGACCUGACGCGAUAUCACGAUUCAUAAAACCCCCACCAGUCAGGGAUACCUUCUGAACUGAGGUGCAGUCUAGAGAAAGUUAAAAGUGCCUAGGGACCCCUGAUAGGAAAUGACCAGGUUCCAGUGUAGGAAAGGGACUGGAACUCAGAGAACAAGGUUUGCAAGGAGGCCUUGGACAUCUCUUGUUACAGGUACCAGGUAAAGGGUGGAGGCAAAGAUGACCUCCGCCUGAGAUCCUAAAGAGCUUCUGCCAGUCAGAUUGAAUCGGGGUGGGGAUCCUUCUUCAGGCCUCCUUCCCUCAUGGACAGCCUCCUGAGUAGGGUGGAAGGACCAGCCAGUUUUGGUUCUCUCGAUUUCUCAUUUUUCCAAUCAUUUUAAGAACAAAAAACCACAGACAUCUUUACUGAAAGUUAGAAAUGGUUUCUCUUUUUCGUUUUCUCUCUUUUAUUUAUGUCUCACCCUGUUUAGUGGACAUAUAAUUAUGUAUUUCUCCAUGUUCCAAUCUUAAAUUCAGCUCUCUGCAUUUCUGCAGCAACCUGCAGAAAACCCCUUAGCAUUUUAGCAUGAAUAUCUCCUAAUAAACACAUUUUUCCAUGCAGUUUUGACUCAUGGACCCAUUCUUGCAAACAAUCCCCACCUAAUAUAAUGCAUUUUUGUAUGUUAUUUUCAUAGAUAUCUUCAUUUUUAUGCAGACUUUUCCCUAAUAUAUGCAUUGAUGGGUUGGAGAACUGCAAAAUUUGGAUAAGUGAGAAUUCCAAAGGCCAGCUGGCUGUUUGCAUUUUGUUUCUGAAAGUGUGAGGCUGAUAGAUUUGGCUUCAAACACAUAAUGAACCAAAUUCCCCUGCCAUCCCUGUUCCUGGGGGCCACAUGCAUGUAGUGGGUGGGGUCAGAGCAAAUGUAGAUGGGAGCAACAGGUAUGACUCUUACCCUUGUACAGUAAACAUCAGAGGUUUUGACAUAGUGUCGCAUUCCCCUCCCCACACCCAAAUCUUUCUGUCAUCCUUUCAGGCUAGCGAGAGGCCUAAUUAUAGUUCAGGGAAGCAUUUCAACCAGGCAAAAAGCUCUUGUAAAAGGUAAAGGGACCCCUGACCAUUAGGUCCAGUCGUGACCGACUCUGGGGUUGCGGCGCUUAUCUCGCUUUAUUGGCCGAGGGAGCCGGUGUACAGCUUCCGGGCCAUGUGGCCAGCAAGACUAAGCCACUUCUGGCGAACCAGAGCAGCGCACGGAAACACCGUUUACCUUCCCGCCGGAGCAGUACCUAUUUAUCUACUUGCAUUUUGACGUGCUUACAAACUGCUAGGUUGGCAGGAGCAGGGACCGAGCAACAGGAGCUCACCCCGUCGCGGGGAUUCAAACCGCCGACCUUCUGAUCGGCAAGUCCUAGGCUCGGUGGUUUAACCCACAGCGCCACCCGCAUCCCUUUAAAAAGCUCUUGAGGAGGGCACAAAACAGGGCCAUUGGGGCUGUAGCCUGAGACUAGAGCUGGCUUCCUCAACCUUGGCCCUCCCCUCCAGAUGUUUUGAGACUACAAUUCCCAUCAUCCCUGACCACUGGUCCUGCUAGCUAGGGAUCAUGGGAGUUGUAGGCCAAAAACAUCUGGAGGGCCGAGGUUGAGGAAGCCUGGACUAGAGUGUGUGUGGAUUGGGAAGGAAUUAAGUUUAGGAAGAGGGCCUGGAAAAUGGCAAGGCCUGCUGUUCUCCAGCCUUGGAUUAGACAAUGCUGGGCUAGCUGAGCAAAUAGUCUAAGAUAGUAUAAAGCAGCUUCCUGUGUAUGAUUAACUAUCCUUAACUUCUUUUUUUUAACCAGAUUGCCCCUGAGAGGAUUAAAAUAUAAACCCUAUAUAUUAAAUCCAAAUUCUGAAUUUUAAGUCUUCUGAGUUUAUGUCACUAAACCACUUUUUAUCCAAUGAAUCAGGGAUUAGGUCUUCAAAAUAUCCUCAAAGUAGAAUGUUAGAUGAUUUUAAGCAUGGCAUUUAAGAAAGAACAAUGGACAGUCGGGCACCAGUCAUGUGCAUUCAAGAGCAAGUGGCUUCGUAGGAAAAAGACUUAUCUAGCCAGGAGGACUGAGAAGCAGUGUAAGAGAAGAAGGAAUCUCCAUUCCUGAAUUGGUGGCAAGCUCGUUUUGCUCUGAAUGCUGCUUUUAAUGCAGACAUUUUCAUAUAUUUAUGAAUUACAUGCUAAUAUAUCUAAUUCUGUCCCCACCCUCACAUUUUUCAUUCCUUCACCGCAUAGCAUAGCAAGAAGUUUUCAAACUGAUUAAAAACAUUCCAAAAUUAAAUCAGUUCCUCUGUGCCUUGAUUUGCACACUAUGGAAAAUAAGACUUUUAAAGCAGGAUGCUUUUUUUCUUAAAUCAUAAUUAAAUAUGCAAAUACUCUCACUAAAUUUGGCCAUGCAAUUAAGUCACUAAUCAGAUUGCCGGAAUCCUUAAAAUUGCAAUUGCAUGCUUAAAUAAAAUGGCCAGAGCCCUUAUGCACACAGCCCUCCUGCUCUCUUCUGCUAAAUAGUUUAUUUGAUAGCAAAGCAGCACCCAUGGAAAACUGUGCCCUUCUUCUUGUAACAAAUAUAACCAAGUCAUCAUUUUGGAACGAUUCUAUUUUGUCCUUUAACAUAUUUUAUUUAUGUAUUUACUAAAAAUUAUAUCCCACCAUUCUUCCAUUUACCCAUGACAGUUAGUAAUCCGUAUAUUAAAAUAGCAGGUACAGUGGCACCUUGGUUCUCAAAUUUAAUCCAUUCCAGAAGUCUGUUCCAAAACCAAAGUGUUCCAAAACCAAGGCACGUUUUCCCAUAGAAAGUAAUGCAAAAUGGACUAAUUUUUUCCAGACUUUUAAAAACAACCCCUAAAACAGCAAUAUAACAUGAAUUUUGCUAUCUAACGAGACUAUUGAUCCACAAAAUGAAAGCAAUAAUCAAUGUACUGUACUAUAAAAUAAAUAAGACAGUAUUGUAGAUGAUAAAAAUUAAAAUUAACUUUUUUUUCUUACCUGCACUGAUGAUAGUCAUUGUUUAGAUAGGGUUUUUUUUAUUCAUUUCCACAGUCACACAAUCAAUUAAUCAGUAGCUGAACUGGGUUCCACACAGUCACAAAAACAAAUUAACCAAAAAACCUCAAAAACAAAACCACAAAAUAAAUAGCAAAAACAAAAGUGCCCAACUUAAUCCGUUCCAGAAGUCUGUUAGACUUCCGAAAUAUUCAAAAAGCAAGACGCAGCUUCUGAUUGGUGCAGGUGACCAGGAAACAAUAGCCGACAAUCGCAUCAGAUGUUCAGCUUCCGAAAAACAUUCAGAAACUGGAACACUUACUUCGGUUUUUCGGCAUUUGAGAACCAAGGCGUUUGAGUACCAAGGUGUUUGAGAACCAAGGUACCACUGUAUUAGAAAAAUAAAAUCAACAUAAACUUAAACCAACAAAAAGAAAACUCUGAACAGUGGCAGACUUCUAAUUUUAGCUGAGUGUUUCUUGUUACAGACUAGCUGUGGAUGGGCCCUUUGGAGCAGCAGCAACAGAUGCGUUUCAGUAUCAAAUUAGUGUCUGCAUUGCAGCAGGAAUAGGAGCCACUCCUUUUGCUUCCAUUCUGAAAUCGAUUUGGUAUAAGUGCUGUAAUCUAAGCACAGGACUGAGACUGGAAAAGGUAAUCAGUAUUGUGGUUACAUAUUUCAUUUGCAAAUAUGCUUUGCAUCCCUUGCUCAUUUGGGGGAUCAUUUCAGUAAAUAACCAUCAUGGUUGUACUAGCCACUUGCCUUCCAGCUAAUGUCCCAAUUCUAUUAACUUGUGGCAUUCUGUGUAAGGGAGGAAAAGCUGCCUGGCUUUUUCCUAGGCAAAUCCUAUCUGUAGCUGCUUAUUCUUACCUUUGUUCAACACUUAGCUAAAUGGCCCAUAGUAAAUGGCUAUGGGAGAAGCCAUGACUGUGGUGUGAUGCUGCUUUAAAUGUAUAGCGCAGAUGGGGCCUUGAACUCUGCAUAAAUACAUUAAUAUGAUUCUAGAUAUUCUAGAAGUCUAGACUAUAUUUCACCCAAUAGAACAUAUGUAUUGAUUAUGACUUGAACUUCAUAGCCUAGUAAAAAAAAAAAAAAAAGGUAAACAGACUUCAUUUUGUGGGGACCCUGUUGCAUUAUCUUCCUUCUCUGAUGUACACUAUAUUGGUCAGUUUGGUGAUAUAACCCAUAUCCUAUUUUCAUGCUAACCAUUCCCCCACUGGGGUGGGAAUUAGCUUUAUUUGAUUCCUGAAAUAUGGUUGUAUGGCCUGCAUUUAGUAAUAUCUAGUGGCUGGAUUGUUGUUGUUUAACUGUGUCAGUUGGUAUUCAUGAUGCCAAAGUGCUGGUGCCCCGCUAGUGAUAGGGGUUGAGGUGAAUUAUUAAUUCAUUUCCAUUCCUCCCCACUUUUUUCCAGUUCUGCAUGUGUUCCACAAACAAGGUACCGGUAAUGCGUUGAGGGGAGGUGUCUGGCCCUUGUAAAAAUGCUGUGAGGUGUGUCACUGAAACUCCCAUUUUACUGACAGAAAACUGAUAGUAAUUGUACAUGAACUCAUUAUGAAAAUUAAGUCUAAAAAGAGGUGCAAUGUAGCAGCUAAGUGUGUGAGAUGUAGUCCAGGAAGCUCCUAGUUUAAAUGUUACUUCAGAUGUGACUCAUUAGGUGGACUUAGUUAAGCCACUCUUCUCAGCCAUCUGCAAUAUGGAUAAAAAUAAAGAUCUACCUCAGUGGGUUGUUGUAAGAAUUACUGAGGUAAAGGAUGUGAAGUGCUUUGAACACUUAAGAAGUGCUAUAGAAAUGUUGGUUAUUAUUCUUAUAUUGAUUGCCAAAACUUGCCAAAUUUUUAUAUUAGUUGCCAGAGCAUCCUGGCUUGUCAGAUAUUUGAACCAAAUCUCCCUGGUCCAAGUCCCUCGUGCUGUCAUAUUACUGGAAACAGUUUAGAUGGAGCAUUAAGAAUGUCUACAUCUCAGUGCCUUAGAGGCAGUGGCUGUGAUUUUCAAAAAUCCGUUUAAACUGUAUAUGAAUGACUGCUGGAGUAUGUUUAAAAACUCUACAUCGUCAAUGCUGGAUAGAAAAUCAAGUAUAAAUUUACACCUGAGCACAGUAGCCAGCUAUAAGAUUAGCUACUUAUCUCCAAAUAAAUAAUUUAAGAGCCAUAUAGGACGCCCGAUGAAAGCUUGCACUUUGUUGAAUUGUUUUACUUUCCCUUGACAGGUUUAUUUCUAUUGGAUUUGCCGAGAUCCAUCUGCCUUUGAGUGGUUUGCUGAUCUCCUGUGCUUGCUGGAAGCACAAAUGGCUGAGAAAGGGAAAGCCCAUUUUCUAAGCUAUCACAUAUUUCUUACUGGCUGGGAUGAAAGUCAGGUAUAAAUGAAAUCUUAUGGGACUGAGUUACUGAAUCUUACUUUUCCAGGACUGCAGCCUAAGGAACAGUAAUCAAAUGAAUGCCUAAUCACAUAAAGCGUAGCUUCCUUAGAGUGAAUAGUUGUAACAUUUGUCUUUUGAAAGUAUUCAUUCCAACUAUAUUUACCACGGUAGUCCCAGGUACACCACUUGAUGCCAGGUUCUCUGCAGAUGCAGGAGCACCCAAGCCCUGGCAGAUUGGCAGCCAGAUCUGCAACUGCUCCCCAAGUCCUCUUCUCUUUAGUUCUUCUCUUGCUCUUUCCUCUCCCUCCUUGCAGCUUUCCUUUUCCCCUUGACUCUGCCUGCUCCCAACCCCUUAUGGCAGUGCCACCCUGUCCACUAAAUUUCUGUUUAUGGCACUUCACAAUUUCUCCCACAACUUGUACAUUCGUCUCUACUAACUAUUUUGGUUAACUGAAACAGGAAGGCACUGGGGACGGAUUUGGGGUUAUCUUCUACCUAUACAUAAUUUGGGGUUAUCUUUCAGGAGUUUGAUGACCAGGGCAAGUACUGUGCAGUCUGCUACACAAAUUGAUGCCACUGUGAUAAUAAAGAAAGGAAUGCAAGGUUGGAAGCAAGGGAUAAGGGGUAUGAAUAUGCAGCUGGGAGAUGGGGAAAGAGAAGAAGGAAGGGAGGCAUAGCUACAGAAUUCCAUUAUCUCUUGCUGACCUUGAGCAGAUGCUGCAUGAUGUAUGUAGCUUAGCUACCCAUGUGAAUCUGCUUGCUAAUGUGGAAAGUCUGCAUGCCAGCACCACAUGCCACUCAUGAGAUUGGGCAGGUCCACAAUGGAUGCCGAUUACAGAAACAUCCACAGAAUGUUAACAUUUAGAGCAACAAUACCACGGUCAUAACUAAUGAAGAUGUCUUAUGAACUGUAGGGUUGGGACCACAAGGGUCAUGUAUAGUCCAACUCCCUGCAAUGCAGGAAUCUUUUGCCCAAUGCGGGGAUCGAACCCAUGACCCAUGACCCUGAGAUUAAGAGUAUCAUGCUCUACUGACUGAGCUAUCCCAGGAGAAUAUGAACUUGGAAUAUAAAUCCCAUCAGCCCAGCCAACAUGGUCAGUGGUCAUUUGGAGGGCAUCCCUGAUCUAGACUUUUGAGUGCCUCUUUUAGUCUGUCCCUCCAUAUUUUAGGAUUAUAGCCUUUCCUUUUUUACUUGAAGGUGAUGUUAAACUUGCUGGUUCUCAAAUAAUUACCUUUUGAUUCUCAACAAUACAGGCUACUCAUAUUGCCUUACAUUAUGAUGAAAAGUUGGAUGUAAUUACUGGUUUGAAACAAAAGACCUUCUAUGGACGACCAAACUGGGACACAGAAUUCAAACAUAUAGCAGAAAAUCAUCCUAGGUAAGGCAAAUUAGCAAGUAAUGUCAUUAUACUGCAUUUCCCCCAGUGAGCUAGGUAGGGAAGAAAAAUUGUACCACUUUAUCAAUAACACUUUCAAUAAUAAUUUGAGCUGAGUUCUUAUGCUGAAAGCAUCUUUAUGUGUAAUAAAACUUUAGAUGAAGAAAUCUUGGAUAGACAAUGCCAAUAAAAUCUAAUUUUUGGACAGGAGAAUCUAAUAUUUGAAGUAUUAAAAUAUCUUGGCAUUUGUCCAGCUAUAAUUGAAAGACACAAUCCAAUUAUUGUUCAGCACAAAGGACAAAGUAACACUAAUUUCCCUUGAAAAUGGUUAUUAAAGAGAUAAACAGUGAGGCCUUUUUCUUACGAUGUCAAGGAUGUGUUUGUUCCCCAACAUAAUUGGCUGUGGAUGUAAAGACAAUGCUCUUAUGUUAUUAGUUCAUCUCAGCUUGAAAGGUCUAAGUUGAACUCCAGAGUUUUGCUAAGAAAAGCUUAGAAAAGGCUUAUUUGUUCCCAGUAGCCUCUGAAGCAGUCACUGCAGCUUAUUUUGUCUUCAUCACCCAGAAAAAGGACAUAAACAAAAAUAUUUUGUGGUUUCUUAACAGCAGUAGGGGUGUGGGAGAAAUUCAAUUCAGUUUGCAUUUAAAGGUGAAUCUAUGUAAUCUGAAACGGUGUGUAUACCAAAAUGCAGCCAUCAUUUGAAAUUUGCAUUUCUUCAAAUUUUGCAAUCUAGUUCUCCAAGUAAUUUAUACACUUUGCAUGAAUAUGCAUAUACUAAUGAAAGUAACAUGUGAAGAGUGCAUUAUCUUAGGGCAGAUUGCUUUGCAAAAAUGUGUAUAUUAGGCAGAAUUAUGUACAAGCAUGUGUAUACAAGCAAUACAGUAUUAGGAGAAAUUCACACUAAAACGCUGGUGAAUUUUCAUGAAAAUGUUUUCUUUAAUUACAAGCUGUUGUGGAAAUGUGGAGAAGUGAAUGUAAGACUGGAAGAACUAGAAAUUGAAAUUGAUAGACCCAUCAGUCCCUGUUUAGCAGUGCCCACUAUUUACCUGCCAGUUGACCAAUAAGAACGUCUUUUUAAAUGAGAAAAAAAAUGCAUGGCAAUCCUCUGUAUGAUUACUCAGCUAUAAGCACUACUGAGACAAGUGAACCUUACUUCCAAGUAAGGAUUCAAAUGGAAUCUAUCCAGUGGACUACCUAAUCCAGAGAUGCCUAACCAUUUACUUGAGAGGCCACAUGAAAUCAGCUGUGAUACACAAACAUGACAGAAUAUAAAGUCUUUGUUUUCAAGUCCAUAUAGUUCAUGCUUUAAAGGAUUUUUUUCCUAUAAAAUGUUUGAUGCAUGUUUAGCCCUAUGACCCUUUUCAAACGGUGACUUUCAGAAACAGACAAAAAAGCUCCAGGGCAGUGCAAACUUCAUCUUGCCAUUCAGUGUUCUGACAGCAUCCCCCAAAUAAUGGUCAUGAAGCUGGAAACAUAUUUCCCAUGCUCUGUAAUAAAGUUGGCAUUACAUAUUAUUAUUCCCCCCUUUCUUUCCUCCUGAAAUUAAUCUGGGUAUCUUGCUUUUCUUGGCAGCAAUAACAUUGGUGUUUUCUUCUGCGGACCUAAAUCUCUGUCUCAAACCCUUCGAAAGAAGUGCAGCUGGUAUUCCUCUGCUGAUCCAAGAGGUGUUCAGUUUUACUACAACAAAGAAAGUUUCUAG